CGACCGCAGCAAUAUAUCUAUAUUGGAUCUGUUUAUUUGUUCUUGUUACGUUAAUCUGAUGUGAAUCUGGCUGUGCCGUUUCGUUUUUCUCCUGGAAAAAAACUCAAUCUUGUGUUUUUGGGCGUGGUUAACAGGUGACAUUUAAAUCUUUGUCAUUAAGCAAUGGCAGUUGUUUUUCACGCCCUCAACACAGAGACUGGGCUCAAAAAGCUUGAUGAGUACCUUUUAAUCCGCAGUUACAUUACUGGGUAUCAGGCCUCCAAAGAUGAUCUCACAGUUCAUAGUGCCCUUUCAAAGCCUCCACCAUCUAGCUACAUAAAUGUUUCGCGGUGGUACAACCACAUAGAAGCUUUGCUGAGGAUCUCAGGAGUUUCUGGUGAAGGAAGCGGUGUAACUAUUGAGGGAUCAGCUCCAGUCACUGAAGCUGUUGCAACUCCCCCAGCAGCAGACAGUAAGGCCACAGCUGCUGACGACGAUGAUGAUGAUGAUGUAGAUUUGUUUGGUGAGGAGACUGAGGAAGAAAAGAAGGCUGCUCAAGAACGUGCUGCUGCGGUCAAGGCUGCCUCAAAGAAGAAAGAAUCGGGGAAGUCAUCGGUGCUCUUGGAUGUGAAACCAUGGGAUGAUGAAACUGACAUGAAAAAGCUUGAAGAAGCUGUUAGAAGUGUGCAGAUGGAUGGCCUUCUUUGGGGAGCGUCUAAACUUGUCCCUGUUGGGUAUGGCAUUAAGAAGCUGCAGAUUAUGAUGACCAUUGUGGAUGAUUUAGUUUCUGUGGACAACCUCAUCGAGGAUUAUCUUACAGCUGAGCCAAUUAAUGAGCAUGUUCAGAGUGUUGACAUUGUGGCCUUCAACAAGAUUUAAGAGAUCUACCGGAUGGAGUUGCUGCGGAGUCUAUGCUAUCUAAAUUGUCAUUUUUAAAGAGUCGGAACUGCUAAAUUAUGAUGUGGGUUAUUUGCGUGAGUCUGUGAGACCAUGGGAUUAGAGCGGUUCUGGGGGGUCAAUACCCAACGCCUAUCAUCCAAGUAGAGUAGUCAUGGUGUCUUUUUGUGAUGGAAUGAAUGAAUGUUACAUGAAGAAAUGAAGGGAAAGUGGAAUAUGCAUUAUUUAGAGUGUGGUGUGGUGUUGUUAACUUACUGCUUUGCGAAUGGUGAGGAUGAUUAUAUAGUAUUAAUAUGUUGUUAUUAUAUAUUAUAUGUAUGAGCAUCCAGUGCAAGGUUAAACUUUUUGAGUUA